GAAGGCUUCGGGAUCGUUGUCUGGAUCUCAGGGCACAGCCUGCCGGAGGCACUGGAAGUGGAUUGGUUCCUGGUCAUGCCCGGUGGAAGGAGGGGACCCAGCCGGCAGCAGCUAAGCCGUUCAGCUUUGCCUUCUCUCCAGACGCUGGUUGGCGGGAGCUGCGGAAACGGUACUGGUUUGAGAAACAGGAAUGGUAGUGCCAUCAGCCUCUCUGCGCCUCCGAUCACAGCGCUGAUUACUCCAGAGCCUGUACGUCACUGCCGGAUCCCUGAACUGCCGUUGGAUGGGAGCCUUCUCUUUGAGUUCCUGUUCUUCAUCUACCUGCUGGUAGCCCUCUUCAUUCAGUACAUCAACAUCUACAAGACUGUCUGGUGGUACCCAUACAAUCACCCUGCUUCUUGCACCUCACUGAAUUUUCACCUUAUUGACUACCACCUGGCGGCGUUCAUCACAGUGAUGCUGGCGCGGAGGCUGGUGUGGGCCCUUAUCUCUGAG